CUUCGACUCGCCCGGGUCAGGAUCGGUGGUUAGGGCCGUUUAGUCACAUCAUGGACCGCGAACACUUCGGAUCCAGACCUGCUACGGCCCUCAGCAACGUGGAGGGCGAAGGCAAAACAAGCCACGCCCGUCCCGCGGUCGGUUGUAAUUGCGCUCCGGCUUGACAGCUCUUAAUACCCCAGAUUCCUCACCACCAAAACAUCUAGCCCCAUUCCACCACAUACUCCUUUGAACAACGGACACGCCUCUGUGGCCCCCAUCUACACGACGACCUGUUCCUGUCCUUGCUGCCCUCUCGGCAUCACAUCUCCCCGCAAGUGACCGUAGUUGACUCGCGUUGAUGACAUCCAUGUCGUCUCCCGAUACCAUUGCGUUUCCCUCCAUGGGAGGCACGCCGCCGUUCAAGCCGACGGGACAGUUCAGCCCAGUGCUCACUCCCUUCCCAUCGCUCGAGGGACCGACAUCACCGCCGCCGUUCAAAGCCGCCGGCUUGCAGAGAGCUCAGACGUUCAGACAUGCACCUCCCGUGCGGCCUACCCUACGGACAAGAUCAGAAAGCAUUUUGGCCAUGAUCGACGACCCUCUCACUGCUCAAGCCAGCGACGUCUUUUCCGCUUCGUCAGGCUCGCCUCGCUCGCUCCCGGCCGUGCCGUCCCGAAAACUCUACGCAAUUGGCGACAUCCACCUCUCCUUCAAGCCGAACAGAAUAGCCUGGGAGGAUCUAAGGCCGCACCCCACAGACGGUCUGAUCUUGGUCGGCGACGUGGGAGAGACGAGGGAGCAUUGCGAAAUGGCGUUUGCAAAAGCAAAGAGCUGUUUCAGCGAGGUCUUCUGGUGUCCUGGCAACCACGAGCUGUAUACCCUUGCCUCGCAUAAGAACGGUGCAAGAGGUGUAGCCAAGUACCAGGAGUGCGUAGAAGCCGCUCGAGCACACGGCGUGAUUACUCCAGAGGACCCCUACACUGUCUGGGACGGCGACGGUGGCCCUUGCUUGAUUGCGCCCAUAUUCACUCUGUACGAUUAUUCUUUCAAACCCGACGAUGUACCGAUAGAAAAUGCCGUCGAAUGGGCAAAGGAGCAAGACGUGCUGGCCACGGAUGAGAUGCUCUUGCACCCUGACCCAUAUCCAACCCGCCAAGAUUGGUGUGCCGCUCUCGUGGAGAAGGAGGAGAAGAAGCUGGCAGCUGCCGUUGCGGAGUAUCCCGAUCUCCCGCUCAUCAUUAUCAACCACUGGCCACUAAGACAAGAUCUCGUCAAGUUGACGCUCGUUCCUCGGUUUAGGAUAUGGUGCGGUACCACCAAGACCGAGAACUGGCACAAGCGUUUUAACGCAAAAGUUGUGGUCAGCGGCCAUCUGCAUGUGCGCAGGACAGACUGGAAAGAUGGCACUAGGUUCGAAGAGUGCAGCCUAGGUUACCCGAAGCAGUGGAGAGACGCAAAGGAGAUGGGUAAAGAUGUCAACGACAUGCUGCGGGAGAUUCUGCCUGGCCCUGAGCCACCUUUGGACGGCGAUGCGCCCACGCUGUGGAGAAGAACGGGCUAAGGGAACGAACGGUGGGAAGGUAUGAACAACUCGAACAAAGCAAGAACAGGCACAAAAAGUUGAGAAAAACGAAAAGCUGAACUAGCAAUGAUACCAUGAUACCCCCAACACACGCACACACACACAUACACAAUUGUGAUAUUAAAUGCAUGUAUUAUGUUUAAAAUGAACGCAAAUACAAACCUGUCAUGCUUUGGC